AUGCGGAAGAUUAAUCCAUGGUUACCAAGUUUUGGCAUAAGCCGGGUAUUCCAUAUUUUCAUCAUCUUUGUAGACAACGCAGACACUUGGAACACGCUAUUCUUUAUGCCUAUUCAAUUUAUGUAUUACUUAUCUUAUGAUGCUUUAUGCCCGUUGAUCUGUUUUCACGAAAACAUUACACUCAGAACCCACCCCUUGCGGCGCAGCAUAACUACCGUUCUGUAUCCCUGGUUGUCGCCUUUGCAACAAUUCUAUUCAGUGAGCUCAAGGGCGUUCUUACCCGUCAAGAUGGCAGAUAACGCCACCCUUCGCCCAAGGUUCUGCUACAUGCCAUGUUACGGCGCGACUUUCCGAGAUAUUUAUCGCUCAUGUUGA